AUGCCAGUACCUCGACUCUUCUCGCUUCUUACCCUUGGUGUAGCAUUUGCAGCCGUGGGGUCUCACGCCUUCGUGGUACCACGAUCUGUGUAUCAGGCACGACGCAUUGUCGACGCAUCACAACUCCUGCCAACGUAUGACUACAUCAUCGUCGGUGGUGGGACAUCAGGACUCACGGUGGCAGACCGCCUUACCGAAGACCCGGAUACCACCGUGCUUGUUCUAGAGGCUGGCUCUAUGCCCAUUGCCGAAGAUGUGCUCCCAGUCACUGGGGGUGGAACGCAGAGGCAGGUGUCUUACAUUUAUGUGUCGGUACCACAAAAGAACCUGGGCGGUCAAAUCUUUCCAGUCAUCCUGGGUAAAAUGGUGGGCGGAAGUUCUGGCAUCAACGCUAUGAUGUCGGCCCGAGGGUCUGCUGAGGACUAUGAUCGUUGGGGCAAUCUGUUUGGCAAGCAUAACAAGCAUGGUUGGAACUGGCAAGGACUUUUGCCAUACUUCAAAAAGGCCUUUUCAUUUAAUCCACCGCCAGCCGACAUUGUGGAAGAAUUUGAUGUGAAGUAUGACGCCUCCUACUGGGGUACAGAGUCCGCCCUGGAUGUGAGCUUUCCCAGCUAUCAGUAUCCGGGCCUACAACCGAUGAUUCGGGCGUUCAGCGAGCUGCCCGGUAUCGAAUUUACUCGAGACAGCGGUGCAGGAGGCGCAGGAGUCUAUUGGUUUCCAACUUUCAUGGACCCCGUCAAACAUGAGCGAUCUUACGCCGUCAACGCACAUUACAGCAAUCUUGGCCGCCCCAACUAUCACCUCGCCGCCGACACACUCGUGCGUAGGGUUCUAUUGCAACACGGAAGCGCCAAGGGUGUCGAGUUCACAAUGCAAAAUCAGACUAGUCCGACCCAAUUAAAAGCCACAAAAGAGAUUCUUGUCGCUGCUGGUGCUGUACACACUCCAAAGUUGCUACAGCUCAGUGGCAUCGGACCAAAAAGGGUUCUUGAUGCUGCCGGCAUAGAGACUCUCGUCGACCUCCCGGGAGUAGGUCAAAACUUUCAAGAUCAUGCCAACCUUGGAGCCGAAGUCACUCUGGAGGGGCUACAGGCAAUCCACCCAAACGGGAAUGACCUUGUGACAGAUCCUGAGUUUCGCAAGCUUGCCGAAGAUCUGUGGGCUACCAACCGUACAGGCCCGUACUCGAUAGCAUACGGCAACAUAGCGGGCUGGCUGCCUCUGACUGCUAUAUCCCCAGGCCGUUUCUCGUCCCUCGCUGCUGAACUCGAAAACCAGGAUCACGGCGCCUACCUCCCUCCCGGCACUCACCCAACUGUAGUGAAGGGGUAUGCGGCUCAGAUGCGCGGACUCGCCUCUGCUAUGCGCUCCAAGGACACCGUGUUUGCGCGGUACCUUGUCAACGCCACGACGGGGCCUCUCGCGCCCAUCCUCAACCAGGCCUUUAACCGUGGCUCCAUCAAUGUCGACCCUGCGGACCCCUUCGAUAGUCCACCCUUGGUCGACUUCAACGGUCUUAGCAACCCCAUCGAGCGCGCCGUCCUGGUCGAGAUGGUCAAGUUCUUGCGGCGGUACGUUUCAGAGACUACAUUGGCUAGCCUUCAGGUCAACGAGACGCAGCCCGGGCCCGAUGUCGUGACCGAUGCCGAGAUCGACGCUUGGCUCCCAAGCGCCCUCACUCCGAGCGACUGGCACGCUGCUGGCACUGCCGCCAUGAUGCCCCUGGAGCUGGGUGGCGUGGUGGACCAGACGCUGAGGGUAUACGGCGUGAAGAACUUGCGCGUUAUCGACGCGAGUAUAAUGCCGAGUUUGCCAGGAGGGAACACGUGUCAGGCAGUAUACGCGAUUGCUGAGAAGGCUGCUGAUUUGAUCAAGUCAAACGCUUAG